ACACAAGACAUCCGUCUUUGGCAUUGACAAGUUGGACAUUCUCAUCAUGGUCAAGAUAUAUUUCCUGCUAGCCGCCUUGUGCGGAUUGGUCUCUAUUAGCUUAGCUGACCCUACAAUGUACGGUGCUACUCCAGCCAAGUAUCCAGCAGCUCCGUCCACUUAUCCAGCUCCGGCUAGUUAUCCAGCUCCUACCACUUACCCAGCUCCAACCACCUAUCCAGCUCCUACCACCACUUAUGCAGCUCCCACCAAAUACGAAACUCCUACCACCACAGCCAAGUACGAAGCUCCAACUCCUAAAUACGAGAAGAAGAAGGAAGAAUACCCCAUGAAGCCGGAAUACAAGAAGGAGACCUACCCCAUGAAGAUGGAAUACGGCGGCAAAAAGUACAGACGUGCCGUGGAUGACAAGACGGAAGAGAUCCAGGAAGAGACCCAGGAAGAUCCAGUUAAGGUUUCCAAAAAGGCGGAAGUGAAACUUUCGGAAAAGAAUGUCCAGCUCUUACGCGAUGCCGUGAUCGACAAUCUCUUAUCCGACCCUCAAUUUGGUCGUGGAUUCGGUAUCGGUAUUGGAUUCGGAGGACGAGGUGGAUUCGGUGGUCGACGUGGUUUUUACGGUGGUCGAGGUGGUUACUAUGGUGGUAGAGGUGGUUUUUAUGGUGGUAGAGGUGGUUACUACGGGGGUCGAGGUGGAUUUUACGGGGGACGACGUGGUGGACGUCCUUUUUUUGAUGGCGAAGAGGAUUCCGAUCUGAUGAUGGAUGAUGAUCAAUUCUUGGACAUGGAAUAAACAGCAUCACCUCUGUACGAGCCUAACCAAACGACUUUUGCAGUCGCUAAUUUGUCGAAAUCAAUCCUAACUCGUUCCUGAACAACACCGACCGCUUCUUUACAAUUUUAUUCUCAUUGCCUUUCUUUUUCCAAUGGAAAUUUGUUGUGAUUGGCCCUUGAUUAUAAUCACAAUUGUUUUUCGUUAUUUAAUUGAAAUGGUUGUUAACUGAAUACAUUCCUCUAUCUAUCUAAA